AUGGAGGAGCUGCGGCAGACGGUGCUUGCUUAUUACAAGGAUGCUCCACAACACAUAAAGCGGUUGGUGGAUGAGUGUUUCGUAGAGAUGGACCUGGAUGGGAAUGACCGAGUGAGCCGGCUAGAGUUCUUGGCAUACAUGGAGAUGCAUGAAGAUUGCAAGCAUCUGAGUACUUGCAGCUUCUUCAAUGAACUCAAGAAGGAAGAAAAGGAAGGGUUAGAUUUCAUGGAUGUGGUGAUUCUCGUCUACAUAAUUUACAGUGGAAAACCAUUCUGCAAGGGCACUGUGGAAGCUUUAUAG